AUGGCAUAUAGUCAAGAUCCAAGAAUAGGCCGAACCAGCAGCGACGACAAUGAUGGUGAUAAUUACAACGAGGCCAAUAUCGGGCUUAUAUCAGAGCAACCACGGAAGAGCAGCCGCAAAGAACUAUGCUCAAAGACAUUGCUAAUCAUGCUAGUGAUAAUAUCAAAUGUCGUCUGGGUUACUGUGAUAUCAGGGACUUGGUAUGGAACUCGAGAUAUGCUUGAGAGGUGCGGAAGCAACAAAUAUCCUGCAGAUUUCGUUUCGAAUGAACCAGUACCGCUGAAGCUCAAGACAACCAACUUUGAUGACUUGCUGCGCUACAAUACAACCAGUCACCAAGUCUACCGAGAGAUGGAUCCUUCGCUACCUCAAUAUUUUGGUACUCCAAGUCCAGCAAUCGACGCAGCGUGGAAGAAGCUCCUCCGCUACCAAUAUCCUGCUAUCAGUGAUGAAGAGAUAGCAAGCAACCCAGCCCUGUCGUUCACAUCAACAGACAAACAUCCAGUCACUGGUAAAUACUAUGGCGCCCUCGACGUGUUUCACAAUCUGCAUUGUCUAAACAUGGUGCGAAGACACAUCGACAAGGACUAUUACGGAGGAGGUCAUAUGAAAAAGAGACAUGGCAAGGGAAUGAAUAUGGAGAGUUCCUUUGAUGCUGCUGCAAUGGAUCACCUCUAUCACUGCAUGAACCAUAUCCGGCAGAGUCUUCAAUGUCGUCCGGAUCUUAGUCCUGCUGCUAUGCACGUAUUUUUGGACACGGAUGGAUCGCAGUUCUUUUUGGGCAACGCAAAGAGUCAUUCAUGCUAUGACUGGCAAAGUAUCAUGGACUGGGCUGAAGCAAGGGAAUCGACAUUGGGCUACACUCAACCUAUUGAUUGA